CUAGAAGUGGGAAAAUUACAAAAAUUCAGAAAGUAAAACUUCUGGAUUUAAUGACAAACAACAAGAAGGUGGCAAUGGGAAAUUUUGGCGGUCCAAAUAGCGCCUCGCACAGCCGCAAUGUGGGGGAAGCCGUUGCUGUGGAGCUUAACGCAGCUGGAGGAGCUUGCCAACCAGCCGAGCAGUGGAAAGAGAGUUGGGCCGAAUGGAAGUGCGCAGUAAAAAAACAGCAGGCAGAAAUUAAAAGAUUUCAAAACCGAACCGGCAAUUUGCCUGCGAUCGAAGGACCUGCACCGCUGGAAGANAAUUUUGGCGGUCCAAAUAGCGCCUCGCACAACCGCAAUGUGUGGGAAGCCGUUGCUGUGGAGCUUAACGCAGCUGGAGGAGCUUGCAAAACAGCCGAGCAGUGGAAAAAGGUAUAUAUAUGA